AUGUCAAUCCACUCGCUUCACUUUUCCGACACCAUCGUGACUGACCACCUCCCUCCCUCCACCACAGGCACACUAAUGGCGCCGGGCGUCCUCCACCGAGUGAUCCACGGCACACCCGACCCGCAAGCAUGGCAGCGAGACCUGCUAACCAUCCGGCCGGCACUUCUGCAAUCCCACCGCCGCCACCGCGUCCGCCACGCCGACUACCCAGCGAUCCUGCCGCACGCCGACUCCACAGUCCGGGGCACGCUGGUGACGGGCCUGACCGAAGGCGAUAUCUACCGGCUCGACAUCUUCGAGGGCGACCAGUACAGCCGCGAGGCCGUCACAGUGCAGGUCCUCCAGGACGUCGGGCUCGACGAGCGCGUCAGCGACGAGGAGACGAGUCGGUUGGUCGUGGGCGAGGUCGUGGCCCAGACGUAUAUCUGGAGGGAUGGCGAGGCGGCGUUGGAGGCCGAGGAGUGGGACUUUGAGCAGUUCAAGAGGGAGAAGAUGAGGGCGUGGAUGGGACUGGCGAGCGGGGAGGGGAGUACGGUGGUGGACGACGGGUUCGCGGAUGUGGAUCGUGCGGUGAAGGAGGAAGAAGAGCGGUCAAGGAGAGACGGGGAGAAUCUCAAGGGUCACGAUCCAAUGGGUGGACGUGGCGCGAAUGGGCACAUCACUCAGCGGUUGGAGAAGGCUGCUGUGUAG